CAUACAUUGGAAAAAAACAUUAAAAUCAGAGUAAUAUAAGUGACAAAACGUAAAUUUUACAACCAUUGAACAUGCGAGAAACGCGUGUACCCAAACUUAUUGGUUAGUUUUGAGAACCAGCAGCGAAUUCUUCUUACACAGUCUCAUUAUCACUCACUUUUGUUUCCCAUCUUUAUCAAAAAAUAUAUUGCUAGAAAAAUUCUCUUUCAUUUAUCACACUCUUGUCUCUGUUUUUACUCACCUGAAGGGAAACAUUAUACAUGGAGAACGGAGAAUCUAACCAAGAAACUCCCAAAUCACUUCUCAACCACGAUGAAUCCCCCAAGAAACCGUCUGCUUCCUCUGUCGUUGUAGAUAGGCUUAAGCGAGAUGAAUGGAGCGAAGGAGCUGUUUCAAGUUUACUCGAAGCCUACGAGUCUAAAUGGGUUCUCAGAAACAGAGCCAAGCUCAAGGGUCAAGACUGGGAAGACGUAGCUAGACACGUGUCGUCACGCGCCACUCACACCAAGUCACCAAAGACUCAGACACAGUGCAAGAACAAGAUCGAGUCCAUGAAGAAACGUUACCGUUCUGAGUCCGCUACUGCUGAUGGCUCCUCUUGGCCUCUUUACCCUCGUCUCGAUCAUCUCCUCCGUGGAACUCAACCUCAGCCUCAGGCUGUUCUGCCUCUGAAUUGCUCUGUUCCUUUGCUCUUACUCGAGCCGCCGUCUCCUGCGGUGGCUCAUCCGCCACAGGUUUCGUACGGAUCCAACGGCGUCGGCAAGAUUCCCAAGGAAGAUGGAUUCAGGCCGGAGGAGAAACCGGAAAAAGCGACGGAGAUGGAUACAGACAGCAGCACGCCGGUGGUUAAGACGAAGGUGAGAGGGAAGAAAGUGAAGAGAAGAUAUAAAGAAGAGAAAGAAGAGAUCGCCGGAAGUAUACGGUGGUUAGCCGAGGUGGUGAUGAGAUCAGAGAGAGCCAGAAUGGAGACGAUGAAAGAGAUAGAGAGGAUGAGAGCUGAGGCUGAGGCUAAGAGAGGAGAGAUAGAUUUGAAACGAACGGAGAUAAUGGCGAAUACUCAGCUAGAGAUUGCGAGACUCUUUGCUGUUGCAGCUUCUUCUGGACACAACAAAGCUGUUGAUUCUUCACUAAGGAUAGGAAGGAACUGAGUUUUUUUUUUUCUAUUUUUAUUACAAUGACUCAAAAUGUUGUGUGUACAUACCAAGUGUUUUGUCAAAAUUCCUAAGAGAGAGACCAAUAAAUUGUUUCCUGGGAUAGAUGGCAAGUUACACAGUUCCACCAGCAAAUGUAUGGUAUUGUCAUAUUAAUAUCAUCGAUCUUUAGUCA